AUAUAAAAUCUUCAAGGUACGAAAUUCAUUAUAAUAUUUAGCGGAUAAAACUGACCUCCGUCUAGGUUCCAUUUUUUAAAAUUAUAUUCAUAAAGAUGUGAAUUUGCAUAAACAUCCCCAGUCUAAUAAUCAUUAUCGUCUUAAACAUGAAAAAUAAUAUUCUUAAAUAAAAAGUCGAAAGUAACUUUUUCAACUCGUUUGAGUUAACUGGAAAUACUUUUUUGAAAACGAACUAAUCCUUUAAGUAACGAAAUAUUUUAUGCAACAAAGUAUGAUUAACCAGUUUGUUUGUUAAGAAGUAUAAAAUAUUUAGCGAGUCAUUAAUGAAAAAUUUCAGCAAUGGUUCAAUUAUCCAUCUGAAUGUUAGUUCAAACAUUUCUAAUUCUCGCGGACCCGUAACCGGUGUGGGUGCGUGUGUGCGUCCCUAGUUUCCCCUGUAUAUGCGCGUGCGUGUGUACAUAUAUAUACUUAUAUAUACGUAUAUAUACAUUAUACAUUAUUAUUAUUAUAUAAAUUUCGAUCGAUCCUAGUGUAUCGAACUGACAAUAUUAAAAUUGAUCGGACUUAUGGUUUAACCGACAAUAACAUAUUUGUUAAGGGCAUUCGAGAAGUAGUGUUACGCGUGAGUCAAAAGAAUUUGCUCUUCCGUGCUGUGCAUCAAAGUACACGAGAUCUUAGUGUUAACGAUCUAUUCACAUGCUCGAUCACACGAUUCACGUUCCCGUGCUCCAGUGUAUCUCCGAUUAACGCAUUAUCAACGAGAGGUAUUAUGUUCAUCAUCGAUCCAGGUCUCUUAAACAGUGACGAUAAGACUGAUUUAAGACGUGACAUUAAAAUCAGUGAAUUUCACUGUGAAAUUUCGCAUACCUGCUUGAUCUUUCUUUGUAGAUUACAUCGUUAAAGCUGAGCGGUUGAAAGAAGUUGGUAGAAGAAGUUUCACGAGCUCGAAUUUCUUGAACUAUUAUUAUUUACAAUUUUACAAUUGUAAGUAGACAGAGUAUGUGAGACAUUUGAAAUGCUUAUGGGUUCCAUUAAAAUUUUGUUAUCACGAUCUAUCGUUAAUCGUGAACUUUCCAUUGUUACCUAUUUGGCAAUGUUUGAAAUAGAAUUAUUCAAAUAAAGCAAUAUCUGUAGUAAUAUGCAUUAUAGAAGUAGAUUGGUACGUUGUAACGAUCAUUUUUUACAAAACUCUUCUCAAAUCUUCUGAAACGUUGUCACUAUGCGUCGAACAGGAUUUUAUGCGAACUUCGAAUUGAUAACGCGACAAAUUGUUCGUUGAUAAUGCGUUAGAACGUCGUCACCUGAUAUCAGUUUGAAUAUCUUAAAGUUGGAAGAUACGUAGACAUCGAUUUGUCGCGUGUAUUAUUGUCACGGCUGAAGAGUUGAAGGCCAUUAUUCGCGAUCAUGGCAUGCCCUGGUAUUUAACUAUAAUCGCGAUUUUCCCUGUGAAACGUUCUCUCUUCUGUGUCCAUUGACGUUAAAUCUCUCAGAGGUAAUCACUAAUUCGCACUCUCUUAUAGCGGUUUCAUAAUUAACACAGAUGACAUGAAACGAUAAUCAUAAUAACCCCGUGGUGGGCAAUUUAAAGAAAAUCUAUUUUGACUGUUCAAAUAAACGAAAUAGCGGGCCUGUUCUAUUAUAAUACACGUAGCUGCAAGUUAGGACGAGAACAAAAAGCAAACAAAAAUGAGUCAUUGUUACACACGCCGGUAAGUCUGGUUUGUUAAUAAUUAUUACAACAAUAAUUAUGUAAAAUAUGUAUGUAUACUGUAAUUUUGAGUGUAUUAUGUAAUUAAAAAAAAGAUAAGAAAUACUGAUUAUUGACAAUAAAUUGUAAGCCGAUGUUUUCAAAUACUCAUAAUUUUCUUUCAGACGGCUAAAAGUGACAAAGCCAACAUUUUGACAUUUGCGUAGUAUUUUCUAAAGAAAUCAUUAAUUAUCAGAAGUGUCUAGUUUUAUUUUAUGAAAAUCAAAUACAUAUGAUUAUUAUUUUGUCACAUACGAAUAUACAUGUAGUUUUAUUUUACAAUUAUAUUUAUUUGAUAAAAUUCCUAGUCCAAAAGCUAGUGAUAUAAAUACACACGCCUUUGAGCACAAGAAACAACCUCAUUUGAAGUGAAAGUUCAGUGUUAGACAAACAUGAUUCACCUGGUAUGUUUAACUGCUACUUGCCGAAUCGGAAAUAAACAGGUAUCUUCUGGCUGGAUUUUGUUGGUACCAUAAGGUAAGUCAAUUAGUAUUAAUAAACAAGCUUAGCACGACUGCUUCUACUCAACCACCAUCUAUAAACCAUUCACAAAAUGGUAAAUUAAGAUUGUUUACUUACGUCAUCGUGCACAUGAAUUGUGUUGGUGUCAUAAAGUACGGAACGAUUAACUUUAUCCAAAAGGCUGGAUGUGACUCCCCUAACUCUGCUACCAUUCCCUGACCACUUCUGGUCAUUCACAAAACAGUUAAUUAUUAAUUUAAUUAAUUGCAUUACUAUAAUUGAAUUAUAAUUAAAUUAUUAAGUUAUAAUUAAUUAAUAGGAACACAAGACUGUACCAGGGCUCAAAGAUUUUGAGACGGAAUUUCUUGGGAAUCAGUGGGAAUUUUUGGCCCAAAAUUGAGGAUUUAUACUAAGCGAGUAUACUGCGCAAGGGGAUGGCACGCGAAAUCUGUCCGCGAAUAAUGGCUUAAUUGCACGCGAAUGAACGAACUCACUGCAAUUGGCCGUGGUAUGUAUAUGCUUUACCGGAAAUACGAGGCUCGCGACGAACAUCCGCCGAAGAUACAACACCCUGGGCGGUACUAAAUCUAUCGAAGCAUCAAUAUUCUACCUAACAACGUGCACAUUUCGCGAUGCAUCGUGCAUACGUGCACUGGCGUGCGUAAAAUCGCAGAGAGAAGCUAUUGAACGCGUGAAGCAGCUGGCGACUUUCUAAAGUCCCCCCCGGGGAUCCUCUGUAUCCCUACGGUGACUUUGCAUGUUGCAAUCGGCCGAGAGAAGCGGCGGGAAGCACUUUUACUGAUUUUUCACCACCGCGUGUCUGAAUGUUAUAUCACAAACCACGCGAGCGCGGGAGAUGGCGGUCAGUGUCUUGAGAUAUCUCAUGUUCGUCCUCUUUGCUGCGUUGCAGUAUCAUUAUGUGAGUGCGGAGACAAAAACGUUCAAGGAUCUGUUUAACAGUACAUCCUGUGCGAAACCACCCUUUGAAUGCCCACAUCCACAGAUCGAAUUUUAUUUGUAUACAAGAGAAACACAAAAGAAGCCUCUACGCAUUAACGUGCGAAGGUUCGAGUCACUUCAGUACUCCAAAUUCAAUAAGUCACAUCCCACGAAAAUCAUUAUCCACGGUUUUGGUGGAGGGAGGAAUUUAAUACCCAGCCCGGAUCUUCGAAGAGCGUAUUUCACGCGAGGCGAUUACAAUAUUAUAAUCGUCGAUUACGGUUCGUUGGUGCGCGAGCCUUGCCUGUCGCAAAUACAAUGGGGUCCAGAUUUCUGUUCACGAUGUAUUGCUCAAUUGGUAAGGUACUUGAGGGAUCAUCCUCGUGGAACGAGGGUGGAGAAUAUACACGUGCUCGGAUACAGCGUGGGUGCGCAUAUAGCUGGUCUGAUUGCGAAUUAUUUGCCCGAUGACAAGCUUGGAAGGAUUACAGGACUCGAUCCAACGAUAUUUUUCUACAUGAAUGGGAACCGAUCGAUGGAUUUAGACGAAACGGACGCGCAUUUCGUCGAUGUGAUCCACACUGGUGCCGGGAUUUUGGGUCAAUGGGGACCGACCGGGCACGCAGAUUUCUAUGUGAACGGAGGUUCCAGCCAGCCCGGAUGCGCGACAACUUCCUUGCUCCAGACGUUGUCGUGCGACCACACAAAAGUGACGCCUUAUUACAUAGAAUCAAUCACGACGAAAGUAGGAUUCUGGGCAGCGCCAUGUGGAAAUCUCUUUUCCUACCUGAUCGGCUGGUGCAAUCCGAAACUCGAAGAGCACAUACUCAUGGGAGAAGACGCCCCACAUACAGCACGAGGCAUCUACUAUCUGUCAACAAACGCACACAAACCAUACGCCCGAGGCCUUCCCGUAAAAAGCCAACGAACGACAAAUCGGAAACGAUCGUCCUCCCGCCAGUACUAAGCUUACUGAAGCAGUUAAUCAACAUAAUUAUAGAAUAAUUAUAGUAUACGCGGUUAUUAGUUGUAUGUACUGUAUGCUGUGUUAUGUUUGCCUCUGUUGUUUCUUUGUAUAUUUUUUAAUUAGUUUUUACGCAAUAAACUAUUUUGCUACGUAACCUACCAUCAACCGCCGCAUACCAUUGCUAGUUUGCCGAUUAAUGUAUUUAUUCCACUGGAUUCUAUUGUUAUGGUGUUCCAAGAAUUAUCGCUUUUUCCGAUUCUGUCAAUUUUAUGGAAUCGUCCGGCGUUUAGUGAUCGUACGAUUCUCGGUUUUCGUUAUUAUAAUAUAUGUAAAUCUAUUCUUUACCGUCACGGCUCAUCGUUUUUCUAUCUGUGAUGAAUAUGAAUGUAAAUUAUAAUUAAAAACAAACAAAUUAUUAUAUUAGCGAAAUAGACGAAUUGAGAACCAGGCUAUCCUUUCGAAUGAUUUUGGUGUCUAAUCAGGAUAAAAUAAAUCUUAAACUUAAAACGGAAGGAAAAGAUAGUCUUGAGAUGAGUUAUUGAAAACAAAAAUUGCUAUAUCUUCCUAACACAUAGGCGUACGAUUUUGUAAGUAUCGUGGUUCCUACGCGAAACCUAUGAAAAUACGUGUAGUAUAUCGAAAUGAUGUUCGGGAAAAAGAGAACGAUCGAUCAUUACGAAUUUUAUGUUAACAACAAUAUUUAUUACAUAAUAAUUACGA